UCAGUUGAUUUGUUUUGUUCUUGUGUGUGAAAUGACGUGCCGUUUGUGCUGAAAAAUAGAACAAAAUGGCAGCAGUAAUCAGCGAGUGCCAUACGGCUUUAGAGUUGGACAAUUUUCCAGACUACAUCCGCCAAUUUGUGCAAGAUUCCCAAGUUGAUCCAAGCGAUAGCACUGGUAUUUUGCAGUUGCUGCAAAAAUACGACCUAAUAACGCUUAUGCGGCAGGAAGAAAGUGAAACUGUUUUUGUUAUCAAGCCUGUUGAGGAGCUGCCGUCACGCACACAGGACAUUAUUUUCCCCAAAGGUACAACAGAAAACGAUUGCGUAAAGCGGAGGCAAGAGUUACAGGCAGAUGUAAUAACUACACUACCAACGACGAUUUCAAGGCAUUUAGAAGCAGGCCCAUCAACCAGGAACACACGAGAAAAUAUUUUAGGACCAAUUAAUGUAAACGUUCUUCCAUCACCAGAUUACAGUGAUUCUGACGAAAGCAUCUUUGUGAAAGAGGCUCUUUUAACAGAGAAGGAAAAUUGUAUAUCUGGUGAUGAAGAGAAAAACGUUUGAAAAGGAUCUGGAAAACUACGCUAAAUCGGUCGUUUUACUGUUUAGGAGUGAACGUCAGGCCAGCUGUACAGACUGACUUAUCCCUAACUAGUUUAAAUACCUAACACUUAUUUUAAAACGAUGUCUAGUUACAUUGAAAUCAAGCACAUUGAUAUUAUUUAGUAGGGCAAAACAUCUUUCCAGUGGGUGAUUUUGUCCGCAUACAGUCCGGUGCGUAGUUGUCCGAAGUAACGAGCGUUGGCGAGAUCGACGCGCUGGCGCAUAGAAGUAUAGCUGUUGCAGUAGGACGAUUACUAUCUUCCCAGAGGUGGAAUCAAAAGGAACCCAGGAGGGAAAAUUUUUAACAAAAUCAACACAAUCAAAACUCAAAACCGAAAGCGUAAGCUAGAUGACGAAAAACAAGAUAAAUAAAACAGAGGAAUUCCAUGUGGGGAGAGCAAGACUUUUGAUGCGCAAAUAGAAGAAGCUGAGAAGUGGUUGACAAUGAAUGAAUGCAAUGAAGGCCCAUGGUCCACAGUACUUGACCAGUGGAAAAUUUGCUUUCCAAAGCGAAAAGACUACGUGGGAAAAGUAAAUUGUAGAGAAACUCUCCGUAAUAUUAACCAUUGGAAGUUUCUGCGCUGCGAGUAUGGUUAUCAACUGCUCGACAUAGAUUAUAGACUCAUGCAUGCUUCUUUGGACUUUGCACACUCAGCCAUUGAGACCAAGUGGGAUCAUAUCAUCUGCGUAGCUGGAACCUACAUUACUAAUCGAACCAUAGAUGAACCUUCUCUAGAACUAAUUAAUAUUUUGAAUAACGAAGAGGCUA